CGCAGUCUUCCUGUUAUAGGAGCUUCGCUUAGCUGAUGCUAUGGAGGCAAUUACUUUGCUGAAGAUGAAGUGGAAAAGCUGGUGCUUUGCUGAGAUAAAACAAAGAUAAGGAGGAUUGCUUGGAACGGGAAGAGGAUGUACUUGCGUGUGCGUGCCUUGUGCUUGGAAGCUGAUGAUGAUGAUAAUCAUCAUGAUAAUAAUGGCUGUGCUGAAAUCAUCAGGGUUUGCCUCCUGACAGCCGCAGAAUACCUCUAUUGUUUAUAGCCCCCUCCUUCCCUGGCUUCCCCCACGCUGUCUUCCAGAAACAGCGCUGCUGCUGUUAUUAAGUCGGCUAAGACGCUGUUUUUCCUCAGGCUGGCUCUGAGGCCGUUUCCAGCUCAUCAGUGAUGGUGGUGUGGUCUAUGCAGAAGCUCUCUGGGAUCAUGUCACCAUGGAUGACCAGGAGCUGGGCUUCAAAGCUGGUGAUGUCAUUGAAGUAAUGGAUGCUACUAAUAAAGAGUGGUGGUGGGGCAGGAUAAUGGACAGCGAGGGCUGGUUUCCUGCCAGCUUUGUACGGCUCCGAGUAAAUCAGGAUGAACCAAUGGAAGAUUAUCCUCUGAAGUUGGAAGAUGGUAGGGAGGAAGACUCAAGAAAUGCUGCCCACCGUUAUGGGGUGGCACACACAACUAAGGAUCAAAUGAGAACCAAUGUUAUCAAUGAAAUCCUCAGCACAGAGAGAGACUACAUCAAACACUUGAAAGACAUAUGUGAGGGCUAUAUAAAACAAUGCCGUAAAAGAGCAGACAUGUUCACAGAAGAGCAGCUGAGGACAAUCUUUGGGAAUAUUGAGGAUAUCUACAAGUGCCAGAAGAAAUUUGUUAAAGCACUGGAAAAGAAAUUCAACAAAGAUUACCCACACUUGAGUGAGAUUGGCACCUGCUUCUUAGAAUAUCAAAAUGAGUUCCAGAUUUAUUCAGAGUAUUGCAACAACCAUCCAAAUGCUUGCAUGGAGCUUUCCCGAUUGACAAAAGUGAACAAGUAUGUGUAUUUCUUUGAAGCAUGUCGUUUGCUUCAGAAGAUGAUUGACAUCUCUCUAGAUGGCUUCCUGCUGACUCCAGUGCAGAAAAUUUGCAAGUACCCACUGCAGCUUGCAGAACUGCUGAAAUAUACGAACCCACAACACAGGGAUUUUAAAGAUGUUGAAGCUGCUCUAAAUGCUAUGAAGAACGUAGCACGGCUCAUCAAUGAGAGAAAGCGGCGUUUGGAGAACAUAGACAAAAUUGCUCAGUGGCAAAGUUCUAUAGAAGAUUGGGAGGGUGACGAUGUCCUCGCCAAGAGUUCUGAACUCAUCUAUUCAGGGGAGUUAACUAAAAUUUCCCAGCCUCAAGCAAAGAGCCAUCAACGAAUGUUCUUCCUCUUUGAUCAUCAGCUUGUCUGCUGCAAGAAGGAUCUCUUGCGACGUGACAUCCUCUAUUAUAAGAGUCGGAUUGUUAUGGAUAACAUGGAGAUUCUGGAUGUGGAAGAUGGGAAGGAUAAGGACUUCAAUAUCACUGUUAAAAAUGCAUUCAAAUUGCUCUGCAAGGACACGGAAGAAGUCCAUUUAUUCUGUGCAAAGAAGCCGGAACAAAAACAGCGCUGGCUCAAGGCAUUUGAGAAUGAAAGGAAGCAGGUUCAACUUGACCAGGAAACUGGUUUUUCUAUCACUGAGGUGCAAAAGAAACAAGCUAUGCUUAAUGCCAACAAACAGAACCAGACUGGAAAACCAAAAGUAGUCACCAGGACGUAUUACGAUUUCCUGAUGCGGCAGAAGCACCCCACAUUGCCUACCAAUCUUCCCCAGCAGCAAGUGUUCAUGUUGGCCGAGCCCAAGCGCAAGCCCUCCAACUUCUGGCAGAACAUCAGCAGGCUGGCACCAUUUCGAAAAUAAAGCAGCAGCCCAAUCUUGUGCCUGAAAUUAUCUUCUGAGAAAGCACUUUAUACAUCGAUCCUGUGAGAUAAAGCACUGGCUCCCUCUCAUGGCUUUCAAAGGGACAUCUUUUUCACCUUCUUUUCCAUCCUUCCUUUUGCCAGACUGAAUGAGCUCAAAUGUGUUAUGCCAUUGUCAUGUGUGCAUUUGUAUGUAUGCAAAAGUGAACUAAACCUGCCCAUCUCUUUGAGUGAGUAUCCAGGAGAAAGCAUGAGAAUGAAGCCAGAAACCUACUACCACCCUUUUAUUCUCUUUUCCCCAAACCUGCCUCAUAUUGUCAUUUUGAUUUCCUUUUUGACCAUUCCUCUCUUUGGAAAUAUGAUUCACAUUCAGUUCCAAUAAGGCUGCUAGAUGAAGAAGGCAGGUGGACUUGCAGUUCCCCAAUGCCUUCUUGGCAUUUCCUCUGAACAGCUGUUUAGUGAUGCUGCUGUUACACAUUUUUCUGGACCGAUUAACUCACCUUCCUCAUAGAAAUCUGGAAAAGAUUGCGUGUUCCCAGACAGCCACCCUUCAACCUUCCUUGCCUGAAAAGAGAACUACCAACAAGGAACAAAAACCUGAACCAUGACUAACAACCAAGAUGUUUGCAAUCUAGUUGAGUUUGACAUGCCCUUGUGGGGGAGGGGGAAACGUGCCUAAAUUCAUUUUUAAUUAAUGUUUUCUUUCUAUCAACAGUUUGCCAUAGUUCCUGGCCAAUGAAAAAAACUGUCAAUGUUUUUUAAAUGUUUAUUUAUGGUAAAAGUGCAGAUAACUGUAAUUUUGUAAGAGUUUGUAAUCUGUCUUGUCAGAUGUUAACUUGAUGCCUGUUUUGUCUAUUUUUUUUCACUAAAGAGAAAAAAAGGACCCACAUUUGUAAGCAUAUGUUACUAAAGAUAUAAGACAUAGAUGUGCUUAAAGAUAAAUUUCAGAUGUAUCAGGCACUUACAAAAAAAAUCAGUAUUACUUGGAAACUGUGUCACCCAUGCAAUAGUCUACAGAAGAGGUGAGGGUGGUUACUGGAAGGCGGCAGGGACACAGAGUUCCAAAUUUAUAAGAGUGUUGAUUUAGGCACUGACACUUGAAAGAGGGCAAAAAAGCCCGUAUAAUCCUUGAUUAGAAGAAGGAGAAAGAUUUGCCUUACACUAGUGAGAUAGUUAGAAGCCAUAACUGAAACUGACUGAAUCCCAUCAUUUAGGGAUUUCCUGGUACUGUGAAGUAAAAAAAAGGAAAAACCCACCUUUCUCUGGUAUGAGACUACUGCAGGGGAGCAAGCGCUCAGCAGUCUAAGGCAAAGAAUUGCUGUGUCCAACGGUAGCUGUGCAACCAACAGCUACGCAAAUCCGGAAGCAUGUACAGAUUCAUUCUUGCACUAUAGCUCCCCCCUCAUGAGGAGGGGAGUACAUUUAAUUUCAUAAAGAAACUUGUAAAAGUGACUUCUGUUCAUUGUGUUUGUUAACAAAAUUCUUAGUGCAACAGCCCUGCCCUUUGUACUUUGGUUACUUUGAGCAUCCAACUAGCCUGUGUGACCUUCUUUUCUCCUCCCAGUGCUGAAGAACCUGUAGUUGUCUAAGGAUCAUCAAACUUCAGUUCCCGUCUAACACAGCCAAGUGAAGCACAAUUAGAGCAAACGAUCACUAUCUGAAGGGCCAAGAUUCUCCCCCAGACCUAACGGCAUAUUCACAGCCAUAUUUAUUACAGCGCUACGUACAUCUGUGAAUGAG